AUGGCAGACACGCCUGAGAAAAGACCACAACAUGCCCUAUACGAAGGUGCAGUCCCCGUGAUCCUCUGCUUUAAUCCAAUGCUUCCGUUCCUUGCUCGUCUCCUGGUCCAUGGAGCGUUCAGGGACUACGACACGAUCGAAGAGCUUUUUGGUAUUAUACCACCCGACGACGAGAUGUUGCAAUUACAUUGGAAAGACGAAGUACUAGACACUCCAUUUUUCAAGGCUCAAUCUUCCAAAAGCUCUACAGACAGGAUCGAAACUGCGGACGCAUUUAGCAAGAGAAAUCGGGCUCUGGGGCUUCGCGCUGGUCACUCCAAACCACCUACUGGCCAUGACUUCAGAGCUGAAGGUCUUUACUGGAUUGACAAGUUCUACUCUGAGGCGACGCGUAUGGUCCAUGCUGGUCACAUGGAUUCGAAUACCCUUCGUCGCCACUACAUGCCUACCAACGGUGCGGAUGGACAAGGUACCUACCUGGGUGGCAAAGGGCGAACUAUCGUUGCGGACCUAUUUCGGGGUCUUACAUUACCUCGUAAUCCGAAUUUAUCGCAAUGCCUCCCUGCGGAGAAGCAGUGGGAGUUAGAAAACACGCCUCAAUACCUUGCAUUGAGUGAAGAGAUCACGAAUUUAGAGGGAAAGACAGACACCAAGUCUGUCAAUCGUCGGCGGAGACUGUACAGCGAAAGGCGUACACUGACGGAUAAAGAGCUACGUGAUUGGCAAAAACGACAACCGAACAGGCCAAACGACCCGGCCGGCUACUAUCGAGCGAUCUUCAAUCGAGUCAGUUUUCUGAUGCCCGAGAGAAAAAGCCUCAGUGAGAAUCUUUUUGAAAUUGACACCUUACGAAGUCCAAUGGGUCUCUCCACCCUACGUGCAAUGAUGACCCUGUAUCGCCAGCAGUCUGAAGUCGAAUAUCGGCCUGGUUUGGAACCAGAUAAGUGCUGUUGCUCCAAGGUAUACGAGAACGAGAUUGAGGAGAAUCGACCAGCCUUCUAUGACUGGAUGCAUAUUUACGCAUGUUAUAAGAGAAGCUGCGAGAGCGUUUAUGGCUCGGUCGAACUAUGUUUUCUGUGCAAUGAGUGGGUCUUCGGAGAAAUCAGCUGGGAAAAACAUUGUCACCAGCAUCUAGCCCGGAUUCAAGACCUACCGACGUUCUGCGACCCUCUUAUAUAUGGCAGGGUCCUUGCCACCGCUGGGUAUUGUCCCUUUUGCCUGACCGAUGAGAGACUGCCAGCAUCCGUACGCUUGAAGCAGUUCCUCAAUCGUGGUAAAUGGCUGACCCACAUCCACAAGCACAUCUCUUCUCUUGACGUGAAGGAACCGCUGAAAUGUGCACACCCGUAG